CAGAGGACGUCAUUACACUCCCGGUUUGGUAUGCCAGAAAAGUUCUAUGCAGGAACAGGAUUGAAGAAAAGGGAAUUCAAGGGCGUAUAUGAACCACCAGCUGCGAGAGAGGAACAACUUCAUCAGAGAUUGGUACCACGGACGCAGCGAGCGCCGUUUACACCAAGAGCUAAUUUGUGCAUCACUGCUAACAUAGCUGACGAUCCCGAAUAUCGAGGUUAUUUGAUUAUGCCACGUGUUCACGAUGCACCAGACAAAACACUGAUGUUCGCUCAUGAAUUUGAUACCUUGAACAGAAAUGAAGAGGAAGGAGUGCUAGAAUAUUUUGUUCAAAAGUAUCCAGUUUUACAACGGAGCAUCGGCAGUCAAGACGAGGAGUUGCACGUAUGGAAUACGAAAACACAUGCGCUCGAAAAUAUCUGUACAGCGGAUGAAGAAGAGGAAGAAUAUGAAAGUUCCAGCGACCUCGAUAGUGAUUCUCCAUCGGACUUACCGGUCUACAAUGAUACCGGCAAUGACUUUACAACCCAUGAACCUAUUAGAGAUAAACCUCGAGCAAAUUCAUCAGCACGUAUCGAUAACAAACCCAAAGCUGUGUUCAAAGCUGAGUUUUUGGCACCCAGUCAGAUCUACAAAGGUGCAGUGGUACUCGGUCGAUUAUUCAACCAUAGUAGCAGGCACCCCAAUCUUUAUACUGAACGUUGCGGAGCCGUGAACACGGCCACUAAUGUUUUUCGUUCCUUGAACGUGAAGACUCGUUUUCCUGGCCUCGUUCCUGGUAAGAAUUCGGAUGCAUUCGCGGACCUACUCAGUGUAUUUCGCUAUAGUCGGUUGAUGUUUCUGGGUUACCAGAUCGAUCAAACGGAAGACAGAAAAUUGGAAAAGACAUUGUUACAAAUGUUUGGUAAGGAAAGGCUCAUGCACCUUCUACGAGCACAUGAGGCUAUGUGGGCAAGACUGCGAAAUCAGCUGCAUAUCGGGAAACAAAAUUUGCUGAAAUGUGGGUGGUCUGGUGAUGGCAAACGUGUUGCGGCUGGCUCAAGUGAUCGAUUUGCGUAUGUAAGGGAUGCCUCAUCUCGAUAUAUACUUUAUAAAAUGCCAGGACAUCUAGGAUCAGUUAAUGCCUCCGAUUUGCAUCCGACUGAACCCAUAUUGUUAUCCGCUGGAAGUGACAAACGUAUUUUCUUGGGCGAAAUUCCGUAA